AUGGAUGGCAAUAGAAGACGUACGUCGAUCAUGAUCAGCCCAACAAAUUCACCGGUUCGAAGCAGAGCAGGAAAGAGAAGGUAAUAUUGAGUUUAUUUUUGUUUUGAAAAUUGUGUUGUGUAUGUUGGUGUAGAUAAUUGGUAGAAUUUUGUGUAAACUUAAAUAGUUUUUAAAUAAUAGAGAGUUUCAGAAUGUCGGUGGAUGAUUCGACUGCAAAUUUGUUGUCAACCUUCCACACGGCGAUGGAAACUUUAAACUCAUUAUGGAAUAAAGUUCAUUUAGAUCAACCUGCUCGAGAAUUGAGAAUUCAAGCAGCUCACGAGCAUUUUUACUCUUUAAUGGAAGAUAUCGUAAGUUUUUUUUAAAAUUUUUUUGUUUUAUUUUAGGCUGUAAGCUCAACAAGAGGAUAAGAUGGCAGGAAUUACCGCUUUUAUGGCUUAAUUUUAGGUUGAAUCUGAGAAGGAGAUGGUGAAAGGUGUAGAAACAGAUAUUAAAACAGCAUUAGCGAUGAACAAUGAUAUUCGUCAAGAGCUACACGAACAAUCCUUUAGAACACAGGACUUUAAACCAAUGUCGGUCUCACUGCUAAAGGCUUUGAGGAAGGACCUGGAGAAGUUGAAGACUAUAAAGGAUAAGAAGAUGGCGAAACAAUUGAAUAUUUAUGAUGAAUUGACCCAAAUUUGCACUGUUUUGGACGAAGAAGUUCCCUUCUUUGAUGGAGUAGAAGAUAAAGUAAGUUCUUCUAUCCUUCUAAAGAAAUGAUUUUAUAUGAGAAAAUUCAAUGCCGUUUUUAUAUUAAUUUUUUAGAUUUUGUCACCAGAUGUGGUGGAAGAAAUCACAGAACUUAAGAAUCAAAAGAAGUUAGAGUUUGAAGAACGUUUGGAGCUCUUGACAGCUCUUCAGAACAAGGCCAACAAGAUGAACCAAGUUGUGAAGAACAUUUCAUUGGACGAGUUGGAGAAGGAGCUUCUUUCUCUCGACUUUACAUCAAGGCACCGUGUACCUUUAAGUCAAUCAUUUGCUCAAAGGUUUGAGGAUCUUCUAGAGAAGGUUUGGUCCUUUAACAUUAUUUUCAUUUUAUAGGUAUAAGUUCCAGGGAACAUAAUUUUAAAACUACCUACGUUUUACCAUUUAUUUACUAAUAGCAAUGCAAUGUUUUAAAAUUCAAACUAUUGCGUUUUAGUUUGAUCAUGAAUACCAAAAAUGGCUGGAGGCAAUGGAAUUUGAGUACAUUGAGAUGUACGGCAAAUUAAAGGAGUUGGCUUUGAAAUGUCAUGCUCUGGACAUCCUCGACUGUCAUGAAUCUGAAUUUGAUCCAGGUAAGUGACUUUUCUUAAAUAUGUAGUAGAUUUUAGGAAUUUUUUGUUUAGAAUUUUUGAUACACAAAUUAAGUUUUACUGAAGUCUUAUGGUUUUGAUUAUUAAGUCUAUAUUAUUAUAGACAGACACGCAGAAGACGAAAUCAACCGAAUGAGGGUUGAUUUGGAUCGUCUGCAGACUCAAUACGAGACGGGGAAGGAAGUUUAUGACAAGUUCUUUGGAUGGUACAAUGCUUUUGAAGAGAUGGGAGAGCUGGAGCUCGAUAUGCAAACAGAAGCCUACAGAAAAAAUCGUGGCGGAUGUCUAAACCGAGCUCUACAAAAACAGAAAGUUCUGAAAGCGAAGCAACAGAAGUUUCUGGAGCAGUUAAAAGAUAUCAACGAGCUUCCACCUAGUGUCACUAUUAAUGGAUUGUCGGUGUACGAAUUUGUGGUUAAUAUGAUUGAAGAAAAAGAUAUGCUUAAGGAGAACGCCAAAGUUAUUAAGGUGGGUUUUGCUGGUUUUCAAAAGAUAUUUAAUUUUAUUUGUGGAGCUUAGAAAGCUUGUAGACGACAGAAAAUACUAAAUUAUAAAAAUUUAAUUUCAGAAAAGAACGCGAGAAGAACAGAUUAAGUACGAACAACGAUUCGGCACAUCAUCAACACCUCCAGGCACCUCAUCUCCGAGAAAACGUGUUCAAACACCAAGUACAGCAGUUCUGAAAAGCAAAAAGAGACGAUCUUCGAGUGUGUCAGUCAUUGAACCAAUAUCAGCUAGUCGAGUAAGAUUUUUUUAAAAAUUUUAAAUUGAAUUUAAGACUUUGUAAUGAAAGUGUUGGUCUCUUCUUUUUCGAAUUUUCUUAAUCUUUUUAAUUACUACUGAUUCUGUUCUAGGCUUAUAUUUUACUUUUAGGUUCCAGUGGCAUCUUCCCCCAAGCCCGCAUUCGCUACGCCCUCCCGUACCCCAAGUCGCCUAAUACCUCCAAAAGAAUUCCGAUCAGCACGACGUUAA